AGAUUAACUAAAAGAUAUAAACCAAAGACAGAAACUCAUCUGGAUUCUCUCAACAACAUGGAGUCAUCAUCCUCAUCAACGUUUCUCACCACCACAAGCUUAGAUCAGAGAAACCCAUCUCCGGUUUCAAGAAAACCACUAAAGCAAAAGAAGAAGACGAGUUCAACCAACAAACACAUCAAAGUGCGUUACAUAUCAAAUCCCAUGAGAGUCAAAACUUGUGCUUCCAAAUUCAGAGAGCUCGUACAAGAACUCACCGGCCAAGACGCCGUCGAUCUUCAACUGGAGCCCGUGUUUCCCCCCUCCGCUGUAUCCGACCACAGCCCUUCUCUGCCGCCGCCGGAGAAUCUUGACUUACGUGUUCUUCAGCAGGAGCCGUUCGAUGAUCAGGUGACUGACUACUAUGAGCCGUUGGAUGGGGAAGAUAUGUUUUUGCUUUAUAUGUCGGCAGGUUUCUCCGGGUUGUUCUCUAAUGGCUUUUACAAUGUUAAUGACUUUAGAAGAAUCGAUUCUGUGUAAAAAUCUUCGGAGUUCUCAGGGGUUUCAUCAAGUAUA